AUGCUCCCGUUCCUGAUUUUAUUUGCAUGUGCACGUGCAGGUCUAGAAAAAUUGCCCGCCUUCGACCUUGUGAAGGAAAUUGAAUUCACAGCCCUUGCAGAAAUCCACACUAAGCUAAGAAAAAUGGGAGAAGUCGUUAAUUCACUUAAUAUAAGCGAAGAGGAAAAAAUCUUCACCACGGAAAAGUGCUAUCAUGCAUACGGAGCAAGGUGGCGUAUUGCAAAAGGACAUACAAGGCUUGCAAGAAGUUCCUUAUCUCCCCCCUAUGUGGUCACAAGGAAUAAAAUACUCCUUCCACAAAAGGGUAAUAAAAAACUGAGGGAUGCCUUCAAGCGGGCAGCCGAGGCUUGGCAAAGGGACACAUGUGUGAACAUCACUGAAGACGAUAAUGAGAGUGCGGCUCUAUCAAUGAUAAAGAUCGUACGAUACAUUCUAUCGAUCCAAAUACAGGAAAAAUCUUCGUUCGGAAUCGAUGUCAUUUGCACAUUUGAAUUUGGUCAACAAGCGCUGCAACUACUGAGGUUCUGUUCAGAUGGUGAUAGAUACAACAUUACAUCACCCUCCAAUCUCGUUCCUAUAAUCGCUUUCAACAGAGAUCCUCUGCCGGAGACCAUUUCCAUUGAAGAAUCACAAUUCAUCAUCAAGUUCCUCAUUGCACUUCGGCCCCAAUCAGUGGGUGGGAAGGAGUCGAACCUACCUGGAAAGACAUUGCUCUAA